GGUAAGUCUGCAAUUAUUUUCCCAAGUGGCACAUGGAAGCUCUUUGUUUUACAGACUCGAUGUGAGUUGUAACGCUACAGUAACUUUGCUGUGGAUGUCCCUGAGUUGGUUCUUGUGUACCUGAACAUGUCUUAAAGGAGUUGUGACACUGGAAGCAGGAGCGGUAAAAGCUGGAUUUCCUGAACAUGGGCUGACGCACAAAAGCAUGUUUGCUCAGGAGCUUGUGCUGAAACAAAGGACAGAGAUACUGCACGCACUGUGCAGCAGCGGGUCAGCUGAACAUUUAGAGAGGGUCCUGGACGUACUGCUCGCCCAGGGGGAGCUCAUAUGGGAGGAAUACCAGAACAUACAGGUGCCAGGAAGGGCGCUGUAUAACAAAGCCAGACAGCUGCUUGACGUGGUUUAUACAAAGGGUGUGAAUACGUGCGCACUCUUCCUAGCUGCUCUGAAACAGGUAUUGCCUGACGCACAGGAAGCUAACCUCUCCUUAUCAGGGUACUGUUUGAAUCUAGAAGGAAAAGAAGAAAAUCAGAGCACCUCUACUCAAACCCUUCUGGCCCACAGGCCAAGCCUUGUCUCCAGGCUUCAAGGCUGCAUUAAUGGUACUCUACAAACUCUUGUUGAAACAGGCCACUUCACCUCAGCAGACUGUGAUGAAGUGAAGCUACCUAUACACACUCCCACUCAGCAGGCAAGGUGCCUUCUUGACCAUGUCAGAGCCAAAGGAGAGUCGGCGGCUGCAGUUGUCCUGCAGUACAUUGAGCAAACACAGGAGUCGGGAUCCUCACUGAACCAGGAGAGAUUGACUCCUUCCAAAGAAUUCCAAACAUACCAGAAGAAGCUGAGCAGCUCUGUCUCUGCCCAGUCUUGCUUCCUCAGUACUUAUGGAGGGACUAGUCACAUGUCUCUGGAUGACAUUUAUACUGAAGGCCAGCUAGAACUAGCUCACGCCUGCACUGAUGUCCAUGGACCUCUGAAUCUGGAAGACAUAGUUGGUACUGCAGGAACAGUGAACAAGGAGGCCGACACCGUGCUGUUAUCUGGGGAAGCGGGCAGUGGAAAGAGCACCCUACUCCAGAGGCUGCACUUGCUUUGGGCUCGCGGCGCAGCCCUCCAGGACUUUCACCUUCUGUUUCCAUUCAGCUGUCGGAGGUUGAACUCAGAGCAGAGGGAACUGUCCGUCCAAGAGCUGCUGUUUCAGCACUGCUGCUGGCCGGACAGGGAGCAAGAGGAGAUUUUCCAGUUCAUCCUGGACCACCCGCAUCUCAUCCUCUUCACUUUCGAUGGCCUGGAUGAGCUCAAGCAGGGCUUUUCUGAUGAACAGCGACUCUGCUGCCCCAUCCAGCGUGCACCUGUCCAUGUACUGCUGUUUAACUUAAUCCAAGGAUCCUUAAUGAAGGGAGUGAUCAAAGUCGUCACUAGUCGUCCAGAGGCAGUGGGUCCCACGUUGAAGAAGCAUCUUCGUAAAGAGGUCCUCCUGAAAGGCUUUUCUCCAAGUGGGAUUGACUGUUUUGUGAGAAAGCAUCACAGUGAUUCCUCUGUAGCUGCUAAGGUUUUACAGUCAUUGCAGACAAACACUGCUUUGCUUGGACUUUGUCAUAGUCCAGUCCUCUGCUGGAUUGUCUCACAGUGUCAUAAAGAACUCCUAGGCUGUGGUGAAGGCAGCCCACAAACAAUCACAGAUGUUUACCUAAUGAUCUUACAGCACUUUUUCCAGCACCAAAGUCCCUUGAAGAGCACCAAGAGGUUAGGCUGGCUACAGGAGAACCUUCAAACUGUCUUGCAUCUAGGGCAGCUUGCUUUUGAGGGGAUAGAAACCACCUGUUAUGUCUUCUCAGCUAAGGACUUGGAGUCUUGUGGUGUGAUUGAAAAGGAUAUCGGCAUGGGCUUUUUGAUACAAAGCAGAGAUAUGUCCUUCACCGAUAGUAUACGUUAUGAAUUCUUUCACGUGACAAUGCAAUGUUUCUUUGCUGCUCUCUACCUUGUUUUGUCCAGUACAACUGACCGCUCAGCUAUCUCUAAGCUCUUUGAGCUAAAGGACAUGAGGGAGACAAGUCUUAGCAGUGUGUGCUUCAGUGCAUGCUUGGCUUCCAAAGACCAAAAUGAGGCGGCUUCAGAGGAGGACCCUACUGCAACAGAAAUACCGAAUCUGCAAAUCACAGCCACCUUUGUGUCUGGACUGCUAUCUAAUCGCCAUCAAGGCCUGUGGCUCCACUGCUGCUCCAGUUCAAUAACAGAGAAGAAGGUCCGACAGGUGGCGAGAUGUCUUUCCAAAGGUAUGCAACAACACUUUAAGUCCAUUCCUCAACCUGUGCCAGGAGAGAAGAAGAGCAUGCAUGCAAUGCCGGGGUUUGUCUGGCUUAUAAAAUGCAUCUAUGAGAUGCAGGAGAGCAGGAUUGCCAAAGAAGCUAUGAGUAAGCUGGAAGUGGACCACCUGAAACUGACAUACUGUAACAUCGGUCCUGUUGAGUGCACUGCACUUGCAUAUGUGCUCCAGCAUUUGAGAAACCCUGUGGGCCUCCAGCUAGACAACAACUCAGUGGGCGAUGUGGGAGUGGAGCAGCUUCUUCCCUGCAUGCACAUUUGUAAUUCUCUGUAUCUUAGGAACAAUAACAUCACAGAUGAGGGCAUCCGCAAACUGAUCGCCAAAGGUAUUCAGUGCGAAAACUUCUGCAAAAUUGCGCUCUUCAACAACAAUCUCACCGAUGCUUGCACGCAGCACUUUGCUGCUCUUCUGAAAAAUAAGCAGGACUUCCUUUCAUUAAGGCUUGGCAACAAUAACAUAACAGCAGAAGGAGCAAAGCAGCUGGCAGAGGGACUGAAAGUCAAUCGUUCACUGAAGCAUUUAGGUCUUUGGGGCAACAGGAUAGGCGAUGCAGGAGCAGAGGCCCUUGCCAACGCCCUAGAGAACAGUGAAUCGCUGCUCUGGCUAAGCCUGGUAGGAAAUGGUGUAGGGAGUGCGGGAGCAUGUGCUUUGGCCAAGAUCAUCAGGAAUAGCACAUCCCUGGAGGAGCUUUGGUUGACAGAGAAUUGCAUAACCAAAACAGGAGUGGAAUGUCUGAUUCAAGCUCUACAGCACAAUACUCAUGUGAAGUCUGUGUGGCUGAGAAACAAUGGCCUCAGUUUGGAAGAGGUUGAAGAAAUGACUCAACGUGAACCUAGACUGAUCUUCUGACAUUUUAUUAUGUCGGCCAAGGACUGUGCACUGCAAGGAAUGUUUCUAUUCACAACAGGAUAUGUUUUCUCUUAAAAUAUUUGAAAUAUGAAAUUUAUUGUAUUUAUUUUUUAAGGGUUUAUUCAAAUGCACAAAACACUGUUACCACAUCUACUGUACAACUGAUAAUAAUAUUACUAGAGAUGUCUUUUUUUAUUGCUUGUAUGUGUAUUUUUGAAAAUAACUGAUCAGCUCUAAGUGGUGGUAAUGAACAACUCAAGAGGUGUGCUUAUAUUUUUCUGGACCUAUUCAGAUCCGUUGAAAAGCAUAAUAACCAAUGAGUAACAACUACUCUAGACUUUUUCUAUUUGUUUUAGUAUAAAGACGAAUAAUUAAUUUAGGUUAAUGUCUAACCUAAAUACCUAAUGUUGAAUAAACUAUCAUUAAAA